AUGAGUCGCCUUAUAAAUGUUACUGGGAAUAUUCCAAAAUUGUUUCCGACCAAUAGUUUAGUAACCGGUCACUCUCAUAUUAGUUUACGUUUUUAUUCGGGACCACAUAAAGAAGAGUCAUUCGAAGAGUUCACAGAUCGCUACGUGAAAUUCUUCGAUAACGUUGACGAUCGUUUCGAAUUACAAAGGGGCCUCAACAAUUGUUUCGCUCACGACAUAGUGCCCGCACCAUCGGUUAUCGAAGCAUCGCUCAAAGCCGCGAGACGUGUGAACGAUUACUCAACGGCUGUUCGUAUUUUCGAAGGAAUCAAACACAAGAUUGAUAACGAAAAUACAUAUAACCAAUAUUUAGAUGAAUUGAAGCCUAUCAAGGAAGAAUUGGGAAUUAUGACCAAAGAGGAAUUAGGAAUUUAG